AUGACUAUUCUGACACUGCCACAGGACAUCUUGCGCCUGGUGGCCCUGUCGCUGGCAGUCCCAGAUUCCUCAUCAAGCAGCGCCAGUCCCGCAAAGGAUCUUCUUGCCUUGGCCCUUACAUGCAAGCAUCUCUGUGCGGUCGCGUAUCCCGUGCUUUGGAACCAUGUGCACCUCGAGGACCCAGCCAUUUUUACCGUCUGCAACAAUGUCCCUAGCUUUUCUCAAGAUGUCACUUGCAAUACAGAUAUUGAUCUCUGGGCUUAUCGCUGGGUACAGAUCCAAUACGAUAGUGAAACAGCCCCAGGGAACGCAGGCGCUCCCACACUUGCACACGGAUCUACUCAAAGAUCUACAUCCUCAACCACUGGGGCUGCUUCUGCGGCUUCUCAGGGCCCGCGAGUCAGUUAUGUAACUCCAGUUGUCUCUAACUCGUAUACACAGCUUGACCUUACACGACCAAUUUACACGGGUAUUUCUGAUAACAAAAAGUCGCUGCUGGCGGCAUUAUACCCCACCUCACUAACAAACAAAUCGUCAUGGCCGGGCCAACGCACAAGUGUGAACAGAACUGUUUUCCAUGGUGAUCGGAUAUCCUCCUCACAACUCGAGACUAGUGCGCCGCCAGAAUCGGUUGAUGAACCUCGCUACGUGUGCAAUGGCCGCAAGUUUUUAAAACUAUUUUAUGACCGCAAACUCACUAAAUGGUGUACUGAUAGUAUUUGCUCGCUUACACUUCCGCUUGGCGGCUACUCACACAGCAUGUUUCCAGUCGCAGGCGGUGACGAGACCCUUGGCCCGUUGCCUUCAUUCACACGCUUGCGCAAUGUCUAUGUUAGUGACACGCUAGGCGUGCAAACACACAAUGGCCAGGGUGAGGGUGCAGAAGAUGAGGAUGAUGAUGAUACCUUUGAUUUUACCCGAGCAACGGCGGAGCGAACCCUGUAUCGGGUGGAACAAUUGCGGGUCGCAAGGUUUUUGGGAGAGUGCCUGCGGGGCAAUUUGCAAACACAUGGGGCUGGUAUCGAUCUUUUUAAUACUGGUGGAGAUACCCUUGGCUGGCUUUGGGGUGAGCCUGGGGUUCUUUCCAAGGUUCGUACACUCAACAUAUCUGUACCAUUCCAUGAUCUUGCAGUUUCUCGAACUCCUAAUACGUCGCUUGCUGCGUGGGUUUUAAACGUGGCUUUCCGCGAAAUGAGUAGUCUUGAAACACUUUCAUUAUGUGAUGCAUAUUACGAUAUAACACCGAUACAUGGCGAUGUGACCAUGAAUGAUCAACAUCAUAACCUCACACCUGAAGCAUUAUCUACCGCAAUUGCUCCUGUGGCUGCACCUCUGUGGUCAUCACUCGUGCAUAGCCAACAAGGAAGCACUGGAGCUCCACCGUUUGCUCGACUGCGUGAGCUUUCAUUACCAAACAGUUUCUGCAGCUUCAUUACUCCGGCCAUGAUUCCAUCUUCUGUUGAAGUUCUAACACUUAAUACCUUUUUCCCUCAACUUUUUAACUCGAACUCAGGUGCAACAGAACCUGGUUCUCUGACCCAAUUAUCUGUCAAUGUGUCACACGAACAAUACAUGGCCAUAUUGACAUCUUCAUAUACCCCCCCGUCGGCAACACACACUCCUGCAAACAGUUUAGAAACAAACAACUUACUUACUCGCACGCAAUACACAGGCCCAUGGGCACAAGGACUGACUGCUGUUCAAGUCUGGGUGCCUCAAUGGGUAUUACCACCUAGCGGCGAUGACGAGUGGUUGGUGGACGAGGACGCAGACAUGGAGAGUAUGACGAGCAGUAACAGUACAGCUGGGUCCUUUUUCACAGAUGGAAGUGAUAUGGAUGACGAUAUUCUUGAAGAAGACCGACUGUUAGCACUUAUGCUGCGCGGGCCACCUGUGCCUAGAAGAGCCACUCGUCAAAGCGAAAUAGUUCUUACAAACGUACUUGUUCCACUCCUUACACCAGCUCUUGUACAACUUGUUGUUUCAGCACUCCCUGCUCGUGUACUUGAAGUUUUGCCAGCUCAUUGCCCACUGCUGGAGGUACUUGUUGUUGAAAAUUGGGACUAUCAACACGGUCGUGUGAGCAGUAAUGAUUUGACACAACCAAACAUUCACUCGCAAAAUUGCGAAAAUACCCUGGACGCUUAUGUGCUGGCGCAAUGGCUUGUUCAUGGUUCCAGUAUAACUCCAUCUGAAUUCUCACAUACAUGGCCAUUAUUUGGCGAGAACCCAGGCUCUUCAGCUCGUGCCUUAAACCGCGGCUUGAUAAACCUCUGUAUCAACUGCGCAUCUACACUGCGGUUUGUGUGCCUCCCUGAUUCGUUUCAGUUGUAUGCCAUAACAGCUGUUUAUAUGCUGCUACGCAGUGCGUUUGCACUUAAUCAAGGCAUAGGGCAAGGGAAAAAUGCUUUGCCACAGAUUCUUCAGCUGUUUGUCAAGGCCCCUGGUCGAUCCCGCAGAAAUACCAGAGGAGUAUUUUCUCCUAGCAUAGUGGCGUUUAAACGUCGGUUGGAAAUCAACUGGCAUGCAGAUCCUGGAUUUUGGUGCAUGCAAACAAGUCAUCCUGGCCCUAUGUAUGAGGAAAUGCUGAGUAUGCUACGUGGUGAUAUACGCCGGUUCGGAUCACAAGCUGAGAUAUCCAAUGGGUUUCUUACACAGGUACUGGAAAGCACAACACUCAAUGUUCGACCAUUUGAAGAAGAAGCUAGCAUCAAAUACCCCAUAUUUUCAGUUUACGAGAAUAUGACACCUAGCAUGGUCAAUAGCACUAUAUUUCAUCUUACCAUUUAA